AUGUGCCAAAAGGAACCAGGCCGCGGCCGGUGUCACACGGCGGGCCUCCGGGUAGCGGCCGCAGCCAAGCUGGCGGCUUUGCUGCCCCGCUCCCGCUCGCACCCGCGGCUCGCCCGCGGCCACUCGCGGCUGGGCCGGGGCCACUACUCGCUGCCCCUGACCCCGCUGCCCGCACCGUCCUUGCCACACCCGCCUCUGCCCGGCCUGCCACCUGGCCUGAGCCCUAGGCCACCGCCGCCCUCCGCGCUGGCCUUGGCGGAGCUGCCGCCUCUACCUGCGCUCCCUCUGAGGCCGGAGCCGCUAGCGCCCUGGGGACCUGCCGCCCAUCUGGCACUGCCUGAGCUGCCGCCCGAGGCCUGCGCGCCCGCGCCUCCUGCUACCGCGCUCUCCCUGCAGGAUCUGCCGCGCCUGCCUGCGAGGGUACAGCCGCCUGCUCACCUGCCGCUGCCGCCGCUGCCAGAGUCUGCAGUCGCUGCCAUCCCUGGGCCGGUGGGCGCGCGCGGCCGUCCACCUUUAAUGGCAGAACCACCCCCUCAGCCGCUGCCGCCGCUACCUGCGCGGCCCUCGUCCUUCAACCUACUGGCACCGCCCGUGCCCCGCGACUCCUGGCUGCUGCCUGCUUUCCCGCCGCCUGCACCCCACCACGCCUGGCCACGGCCUGCCUUCCUGCCGCCGCCGCACUUCUUCUUGUAGCUGGCCUGCUUGACCACCCGCCCACCUGGAGGGCAGCGGGUUGGAGAGCUGGCAGCCCCGUCCGGACACAGGGCUUGUGCCCUGAGCGCACCAUAUUCCCCACCAGCAGGUUGAGAAGGCGUGGGUGGCCUGUGCCCAGGUAACUAGGCGGACAUCUGUCUCAAUGCAUGGUAUCGGAAAGCCAACCUUGACCUUGGGGGACCUCUGAGAGCCUGGGACCCAGCAGCAAGAAGGCAGUGUAUUAGUUUCCUGUGACUGCAGUAACAAUUGCCACAAACUUAGUGGCUUAAAACAACAGAAGUUUACUCUCCACAAUUCUGGAGGCCAGAAGUCCAAAAUCCAGGUGUGGACAAGGCAGUGCUCCUUCUGUAGGCUCCAGGCCCAUCCUUAACCUAAGAUAAUCUCAAGUUGAGAUCCUUAAUUUAUUUAAUUGCAUUUGCUAAGAUCAUUUUUUUUUUUUUUUUGAGACAGUCUCACUUUGUCACCCUUGGUAGAGUGCUGUGGCGUCAUAGCUCACAUGGGUUCAAGUGAUUCUCUUGCUUCAGCCUCCCUAGUAGCUGGGACUACAGGUGCCCACCACAACACCUGGCUAUAUUUUUUGUUUAGCAGGCCUGGGCCAGGUUUGACCCCAUCAGCCCUGGAGCAUGUGGCUGGUGCCCUAACCACUGAGCUAUGGGUGCCUAGCCAGAACAUUUUAAUAAAUAAGUCACAUUCACAGAUUCUGCAUGCCAACAUGCAGUCCAUGUAGGCACCAUUCUCUCCCCUGCAGGGCUGGGUUAUCUCCCUAGUUGGUUUCCCAGAACUUACUGUAUUUUAGGCCCUGUCCCUUGCUGACCUGGAGCCCUUGGGUAGGAGCUGAUAGCACUAAUACCUUGAUAAAGCUCUUAUUGGGCAUGAAAGAAAGAGUGACUGCCUUUCCCCUUCUCUGAAUUAUGGCUCAGUUCUCUUCAUCCCCCUUCACCUUGUAUAGCCCUAUAGCCCUCCUCUCUCCACUAGGACUCCCAAUAAACAGGAAGGACAAGAAUGAAUGUACUCUCAAAGCUGGGAGUGAUAACUGUUCCCUGUUGAAGGAUGACAAUUCCGACUGAUAAUAAAAGUUAAUUGUUA